AUGGGAAUUAAAAUAUGGGAAAACUCCCCAUUAAUGUUAAACAUAACAAUUAUUAUAUCACUUAUAGUGAUUAUUGUUACAUCAGUUAUAUACAUUUUGGACUGGAUGCGUAAAAGACGUCAAAGAAUAGAAGAUAAAUUAGAAUCAAACAUCAUAUCAAGUAAAAACAAAGAUUUCGAUCCAAAAGAUGAUACAGAUCCGAACCGCGCUAUUGCGAUUCUUAAAAUUCCAGUUAAUGACGCACAUUCUGUUAUCGCCGGAAAUGUCGAAUUACUUUCGAAGCUACCACAUAUAACUCCUGAAGUUUACAUGACCUUCAGCAAUGCUGAAAAAAUUGAUCUAUUUCAGGUCAAUGAAAAUUAA